AUGACCACAGUGGAAUUGAAACCUAUUAGUAAGCAGAGUGAGGACACCCUAGACAUGCAGGUGGACAAGAAGACCCCUUCCCGGAAAGUCCCGAGUUUGUGCGCCAUACGCUACGGAAUAGCCUUGCUUGCACAUUUCGCCAACUUCACAUUUAUAGCGCAGAACUCCAUCAUAAGCAUCACUAUGGUCGCCAUGGUCAACAACACGGACCAAUCCCACCUCAACAGCUCCACCGAAGAGCUUCCUGGCGAUUUGAAUGGUGACCAACAUGAAGCCUCAACGCAUCUUUCUGCAAAGGCCCCUGUGUAUAAUUGGAGUCCUCAAACUCAAGGAAUCAUCUUCAGCUCUGUCCAAUAUGGCAUGAUGCUGAUGCAGGGACCUGGUGGAUUCUUGGCCGGGAAGAUAGGAACAAAGAAAGUGGUCGGAAUUGCUCUGCUUGGCUCUUCGCUGCUCACUCUCUGCAUUCCACCGGCUGCCAAUCUUGGACUAGGUUUUCUCCUGGCAGCACGAGCAGUCCAGGGCUUUACCCAGGGCGCUGGCUAUGGGGGUCAGUUUGCACUCUGGCAGAGAUGGGCUCCUCCACAGGAGCGCAGUCGGCUCUGCAGCAUUGCUCUCUCAGGAAUGGUAUUGGGAAUCUUUGUUGUCCUCCUUGUUGGUGGUGUCAUUAUCCAAGCCCUUGGAUGGCCCUUUGUCUUCUAUAUCUUUGGAGGUUUUGGCUGUGGCUGCUCCCUUCUCUGGUUCAUUCUGGUUUAUGAUGACCCUGCCUCUCACCCAUGGAUAAGCAGUUCAGAGAAAGAAUACAUCUUAUCCUCCCUUCACCAACAGAUCAGUUCAGAAGAGCAAUCACUUCCCAUCAAAGCCAUGCUCAAAUCUCUGCCACUCUGGACCAUGUGUCUUGGCACUACGACCCACCAGUGGCUUGUUAACACCUAUAUAGUAUACAUCCCAACCUACAUCAGUUAUGUGUUCAAAAUUAACAUCAGAGACAAUGGGUUCCUGUCUUCUCUUCCCUUUUUCAUUGGCUGGAUUGUUGGCAUCCUGGGAGGCCUGCUAGCUGACUUUCUUCUGAGCAAGAAUUUUAGGCUCGUAACUGUAAGGAAAAUCCUCACAGUUUUAGGAAAUCUUCCCUCAGCAGCCCUCAUUGUGUCUCUGCCCUACAUCCAGUUCAGCUAUGUCACAACAAUUGCAUUUCUGACACUUUCCUGUGGGCUAGCCCCUCUGUGUCAGUCCGGAAUCUAUAUCAAUGCUUUAGACCUUGCCCCAAGGUAUGCCAGCCUUCUCAUGGGAACAUCAAGAGGAUUGGCACAUUCAUCCGCUGUGCUGGUACCCCUUAUUGGUGGCUUUUUCCUUGAUCAGGACCCUGACCUCGGAUGGAGGAAUUUCUUUUUCUUAUUGUUUGCCGUUAGCCAGUGUGGCUUAAUCAUCUACCUCGUGUUUGGAAAAGCAGAAGUCCAAGAAUGGGCUAAGGAGAGGAUGAUGAGCCGUUUGUGA